AUGAACUUCUUGAUCCUUGCCUGUGUUGCCGCCGUGGCUGUCGCUGCUCCCCAGUACAGUUAUGAGGUUCCUUCUGCUGAGUCUAGCGAGGAAGUCGCUGCUCCCCUGACCAGCUAUGGCGCUCCUCGUGCUGCGUCCAGUGAGGAGGUCGAGUUCGUGCCAAUCCUUAAGGACGACCGCGUUCACGAGGAAGACGGAACAUAUAAUUUCGAUUUCGAAGCUGCCAACGGCAUCCGUUUCUCUCAGGCUGGAUCUCCCGAAGGGGAUGACGACGCUGUGAUCAAGGCGGGAGAAUACUCGGUAAAGGUAAAGGUCAUGGGAGGUAAUGGGAGGAGACUAACCAUAGACAAGUUGAUCCUUGCCUGUGUUGCCUCCGUGGCCGUCGCUGCUCCCCAGUACAGUUAUGGGGUUCCUUCUGCUGAGUCUAGCGAGGAAGUCGCUGCUCCCCAGACCAGCUAUGGCGCUCCUCGUGCUGCGUCCAGUGAGGAGGUCGAGUUCGUGCCAAUCCUCAAGGACGACCGCGUCCACGAGGAAGACGGAACUUACAACUUCGACUUCGAAGCUGCCAACGGCAUUAGCUUCUCCCAGGCUGGAUCCCCCGACGGUGAUGACGACGCCGUGAUUAAGGCUGGAGAAUACUCAUACACCGCUCCCGACGGCACUGAAGUCCAUGUCAAGUACGUGGCCGACGAGAACGGCUUCCAGCCGCAGUCCGACCUCCUACCCGUGGCCCCCGCUUUCCCUCACCCGAUCCCUCAGUUCGUCCUCGACCAGAUCGCCUUCGCCGCCGAGGAGGACGCCGCCGCCGCCCGCGCCGCUGAGGAAGAUUCCGAUGAAGUUGCCGCCCCAUCCACACUCUACGGCCGCCCUAACUAA